AUGGAUUGGCAACCUCAGGAUGAGCCAUUGAGGCAGCUGGCCUGCUGCCUUAGAGACUCUCUCAAUGGCCAGGACCCCACGCUCCGAAAACAAGCCGAAGAGAUGCUUGCUUCGGCGACCUCAUCCCCAGACUAUGUCAAUUACAUCACCUAUCUUUUCUCGACGUCUCAGGUUCCUCCUGCUGUCGGUAUGGACGACAACACCUAUAGCGUUGUGCGCUUUGCUGCCGCCAUGAACAUCAAGACGAAGCUUUACAUGGCCUAUCAGACGAUUCCCCAGCAGAGUUUGAACUUUAUUCGAUCCGCCGCGUUGAUUGCCCUGCGGGACAACAACAUACAAGUGCAACGAGGUGCCGGUACUAUUAUCACGGAGCUGGUGCAGCGGGGUGGACUACUCGCCUGGCCGGAGGUUCUGCAGGAGCUCCUCGCCUUGGUUGGUAACACCGCGGGUGAUGUGUCGAUCCCCGCUCAGGAGGCUGCGAUGGCUGCGCUAUUCAAGGUGUGCGAGGAUAACCGCAAGAUCCUGGACCGCGACUACCAAGGACAACGCCCGUUGAACGUGAUCAUCCCCAAGUUGCUGGAGUUUACAGGACGGGAGAGCGCACGGGUUCGCGCGCUCGCCCUAAGCAGCAUUCACAUUUUCCUCCCCCACCAGCCCCAGGCAUUGAUGGGCUCUUUGGAUCUUUUCCUGUCACAGCUUUUCAACCUGGCGGGUGACCAAGAUACCGAGGUGCGGAAGAUGGUGUGCCAGUCGUUCUCGCAGCUCGUCGAGUUUGCCCCAGAGAAGCUUAUCCCGCAUAUGGAUGGACUGGUCAGCUACAUUCUCAUCCAGCAGCAGAACGGAGAGGACCCCGAGCUUGCCCUGGAUGCGGCGGAGUUCUGGAUCGUCUCUGGUGAGCAAGAGCGUCUGCAGGCACCUCUGGCACCUUUCAUGCCCAAGGUCAUCCCGGUGUUGCUCCAAAAUAUGGUGUAUGAGGAAGACGAUGUGAUCCGCCUGAUGGGCGACGAGGACGAUGCUGACACCGAGGAUCGUGCGGAGGACCUGAAGCCGCAGUUUGCCAAGUCGAAGGCGGGCCGUCUCGAUAUGUCAAAACAGGGCGACGCAAAUGGUUCGCAGCAACAGCCACCUCAGGAGGAAGAGGAGGGUGAGCUCAGCGAGGGCGAGAUCGAAGACUCGGAGUAUGGAGAUGACCCCGAGGACGAGUGGUCCUUGCGAAAGUGCUCUGCUGCUGCACUGGACGUCUUUUCGAAUGUGUACCACGACCCUAUCUUUGAAAUCAUUCUGCCAUACCUGAAAGAGACUCUGCGACAUGAGCAGUGGCCUAACCGUGAGGCAGCUGUGCUCACCCUGGGAGCUGUCGCUGAUGGUUGCAUGGACGCUGUCAUGCCCCACCUCCCAGAACUCGUCCCAUACCUGAUUUCUCUGCUGAACGAUUCACAACCUGUUGUGCGGCAGAUCACCUGUUGGUGCUUGGGGCGAUACUCCGAGUGGGCUUCCCACCUCCAUGAGCCAGCAGAGAAGCACCAAUUCUUUGAGCCUAUGAUGGAGGGCAUUCUCCACCGCAUGCUCGACAACAACAAGAAGGUGCAAGAAGCCGCUGCAUCUGCGUUUGCCAGCUUGGAAGAGAAGUCGGACGAGAACCUGGUUCCAUACUGUGAGCCUAUUCUCCGUCAAUUUGUCAAAUGCUUUGGAAAGUACAAGGACCGAAACAUGUACAUUCUUUACGACUGUGUGCAAACUCUGGCCGAGUGUGUCGGAAACGAGUUGGCCAAGCCCCAUCUCGUGGAAAUCCUGAUGCCUGCUCUGAUCGAGCGGUACAACAUGAUCCACGACCAGUCUCGAGAAGUGUUUCCGCUGCUUGAAUGUCUCGGAUACAUCGCUGCUUCAUACGAAGAUGCCUUUUCGCCAUUUGCCCCCGUUAUCUUCCAACGCUGUGUGAAGAUUAUCUACCAGAACCUCCAGGAAUCCAUGGCCUCAGUAAACAACCAAACCAUUGAUGAGACUGACAAAGAUUUCCUGGUCACCAGCCUCGACCUUCUCAGCUGCAUCAUCCAAGCUAUUGACCCGCAAAAGAGUGGAGAGUUGGUGGCCGCCUCCCAGCCGCGUUUCUUCGACCUACUUUGCUACUGCAUGCAGGACUCUAACUAUGAGGUCCGCCAAUCUUCCUACGCCCUGCUCGGUGACUGCGCCAUCAGCAUCUUCCCCCACCUGGAGCCUUUCAUCCCUACCAUGAUGCCGAUCCUUAUCAAACAGCUUGACCUGGAUACCCUGCCCGACGACGAUCGCGUCACUGGCUUUAGCGUUCUCAACAAUGCUUGCUGGUCCUGUGGAGAGAUUGCCGUGAACCAGAAGAAGAGCGACCUUGCCCCGCACGCCGAGAAGCUCUACUACGGUCUCUUGCAUAUCAUCAACAAUGAAGAGAUUAUUGACUCGGUCAACGAAAAUGCCGCCAUGGCACUGGGCCGUCUUGGUCUCUGCUGUCCUGAGCCGCUGGCACCCCGAUUGAGCGAAUACGCCGCCCCUUUCUUAACGUCAAUGAGCAAGAUCGAUUUCAGCCGCGAAAAGGCUUCCGCCUUCCUUGGAUUCAACCAAGUGGUGAUGAAGAACCCUCAAGCGAUGGAAUCGUGUCUUGGAGUCUACUUCGGGGCUAUUGCCGGCUGCGCGAGCAAGUCGCUCUCAUCACAGGAGGACUACCGGGACAUCCACAGCUCAUUCCAGCAGGUUUUGCAAGGAUAUAAAAAUAUGAUACCCAACUUCGAUUCAUUCCUCUCCCAGCUUCCCGGUCCCGUGGCCCAGAAGCUGCGCACGCAUUACCAGGUUUAA